UUAUUCAUAUAAGUUUUUCAAUUGACAUACUAUUGUCACUGUCUAUAAAUCCAUUUUGUAAGUGUACACACGAUUUUAGUGGAUAAAAAUACACUUGAUGGUGGAAGUUUCGUAGAUCUUAUGGAAGGCCCGUGACCCUUAAUUCACCAUGAGCACGUGGAGGAUGGUUGGCCUCAACUACGUGAACUACUCGAACAUAGCCGCGAGAGUGCUGAGGAAGUCCCUCAAGGCGAAUCUGCGCGACGAAGCCGGCAAGAGGGACAUUUCUGCCAUCAGAUACUUCUACUGGCUAAAGGGAGAGAUGCUGGCUCAUGGAAAGAAACUUGAACCGGAAAAGGAACCAACUUAGCUCACGCUACUAUAACUAGAGUAGACAAUAGUUGAUUUUUUUUUAUAGUUAA